AUGGAAGGAGUAGUUAAAGCCAACCAACAGAGGACUUUGAUAACCGGGUAAAAGUGGAAAUGUUUAUGUAAUAGCCUCAAGCAUAACAGUUAUUAAUGAAUGCAUGUUUAUCAGUUUAACGGUCCGGUCAAGAAUAUGUACAUGGCAAGCUUGUAAACCAAGCAACAUCUUGACAUUUUAUCGUUAACGUUAACUCGCUGAAGCUUGAGGCGGCGAGCGUUAUUUAUAGUUAGCGUAACGUCACUGCGUUUAAGAUUAGCAAGCUAGCUACACCUGAAAUUCAUAUGAAGCGUCAUACAAUUUAGCAGAAAUAUGUCAACAACAUCGUUGGAUAAAGAACUGCAAGAACGUUUAAGAGAGGCCAGUGCCAUCGGAGACAUUGAUGAAGUGCGGAAGCUGGUCGAGAGCGGAGUAAAUGUCAACUCUCAAAAUGAAAUCAACGGCUGGACAUGUUUGCAUUGGGCAUGCAAACGAAACCAUAAACACAUAGUGGCAUAUCUUCUGAACUCGGGAGCUGAUCAGAAUAUUGUAACCGCCAAGGAAGAGUUAGCAGUACAGUUGACUAAAAAACCGGAGAUCAGAAGACUUCUAGGAAUGGAGGAGGAGGAUGAACCAGAGCCAGUGAAAGAACCAGAGCAGCUGCCAAUCAUCCCCAGCUACCUGUCCAACCCGCCCUUCCUAUUCACUGGGUCUGAUCGAGAUGAUUUGAUGAUCACACAAAAUGGCACCCAGAACGGCUCCAGUGACCUGGAGGACACCUCACCCGACAGUGAGCCAGCCACGCUGUCCCCUACCCAGGAGCACCCUCCCCAGCCCCAGCCGCCGCCACAGCAACCGCAAGCCCCGCUGUCGCAAACACAUCCAAGUGCCCCGACGCGAGUCACACCUUCCCAGCAGCCACAGCACCCGCAGUCGCUGCCCAGCCCCCGAGACGGCGCGUUCAUCCCGGUUUCGGAGCAGAACGGCGUGGUGUCCACCCCGACACCCACCAUGAAUGGCGGCCUGCCCAUCGAGAUCUCACCCGAGCCGCACCACCCCCACAUUCUGGCGCAAAACGGCACGGUGUGCCCCACGGUGCCCUCCCCUGGCGCCAGCUCGGGCCAGCAGGCACCCAUCAGCCGGCAGCAGUCCAUCCCCCAGCAGCUCAACGGGCCCCAGGCCGCCGGCUCCAUGCCCGCCUUCCAGCCUUUCUUCUUCACCAGCACCUUUCCUGUCAGCUGUCAAGAGCUGGUUCUGAAGGUGCGCAUUCAGAACCCCAAUGCUCGAGAGAACGACUUCAUUGAGGUGGAACUGGACCGGCAGGAACUGACCUACCGCUCGCUGCUGAGAGUGUGCUGCCGCGAGCUGGACAUCAGCGUCGAGCACGUGGAGAAGAUCCGCAAGCUGCCCAACACCAUGCUGAGAAAGGACAAGGACGUGGCGCGGCUGCAGGACUUCCAGGAGCUCGAGGUGGUGCUGGAGAAGUCCGAGGGCCUGUCGCUCUUCACCGGCGGCAGUCUGGCCGACCGGCCCUGCUACAACAUGAAGGCCUCCCGCCUCACCUACUGAGGCCUCUAGGUGGCGCUCUGCCCGUCGCCUUAUGCCCAUCGUCGCUUGGGUUCCUUUACAAAAUUCUGUUACGAUUUGUCUUACAGCCUCUCCGUUAACCAGCCAAGAAGGCCCUGUUUUCCUCAUCGAUCUGUAUCAUGAUAUGACUCGUUUCCUCAGUGGUCUUUAUCAUGAUUCUAAAGGUGUCUUUCUACUCAUCAUGCCCCCACUAGUUAUAUUAGCCAAGCAUGGGUCCUUUGGUGGAAAGCCAGAUAGUCGGUAAAUCUAUACACACACAUAUACACGCAUACGCACGCACACACACACACACACACACACACAUGCACACACACACACAUACACACACACACACACACACACACACACACACACACACACACACACACACACACACACACACACACACACACACACACACACACACACACACACACACACAUAAAGAGUGCUGCUGUCUGCACGAGAAUAAACCUGCAGUUUUCUUAUCUCUCCCCCCCCCUCCCUCUCUCUCUCUCUUUCUCCCCCCCUCUUUCUCUCUCCGUCUCUCCCCCCCAUAAACAAGGCUGGGGAGACUGGCUGCCUUGACCCAGUGCAGUGUGUUAUUCUCUAACGUUCCCGGAGCUGUGCCUCCAGUAUUUACUAGUGUCCUUGCUAGUCCUCGGUGUGCCAUGUUAGCUCCAUGUGUAGCGCUGAGCGGUAGGUAGCGCGCUAACGUUAAGCACUAGCCCCACUUAUUUUAGGGGGAAAAAUGGCUCUCGAGCCUGUCGGAGCACACUCUGGGUGAACCUACUUGUCUAAGAAUGCUGUGGGGAAACAUUUUUAUUUUAUUUCAUAGAGCCCUUGUGCACUUUAUUGAGUUGGGAUCCCAUUAUUAUAUGUGAUAUUUGGGACGUUUUUUUUUUUUUUUUUUUUUCAUUGUUGUGAUUGUGUUUUAAAGUGAAAUGUCCAUAGCUGUAAAAAUUCUAAUACCAAAUACUUAUAUUAACCAUUUAGACAAAACUCUUCAGAGAAGACUACCAGUCAGAGCAUAAUGUUUUAUUAAUAAUCUUGGCAUGAGGAAACCAGUCGUUCAUGAGCGGAAAUGAGUCAUGUAGCAGACGUGUGCUAGUUCAGAGGCAAACUAGAGGUAGUUUUAGAGGGGGAGAGGGUAAAAAAAGAGCUUCCACAACACUUAGCUUCCUUCCCUGGAAUCACUCUUAAUAGGUAGGGGGGUACGUAAUACAAUCACAGUUGCAAACGAUGAGCUUCUUCUGACAUGGCAAGAUGUCAUAUCUUUGUUAUUCAAUUUUUUUUAUUUUUUUUUUAAAUCUUGAUUUAACGUGACUAGGUGUUUGCUUCAAUAGGAGUUGUUUUCUGUUGCAGAUUACAGUCCUCACUGCGACGCCAUUAUGAGAAGAAAAAAAAAAGAAGCCUAGCCUCUCCCAAACCAAAUGGUUUUUCAUACCUGAUCAAGACUAUAAAAGUGAAUAUUGAGCUUACCUUCUGCAAAUAUGCACGUGCCAUUCCUGGCUUGCAUAUUAGGAAAAAGGUCCAGAGGUGCACUAUGUGUAUAGGAAGAAUAUAACACUCACAAAUAUGUUUUAACGUGUUCAUGGGCGGCUAUUCAACAUCGUUAUCGUCAGAGAGAGCUAUAGAGAAAGCUCUUAUUUUUCCUUUAAUAUUAUUAAUAUUAUUUCUGUUUUAGUUGUUUUAGCAGUGAGUGCCCAAAACCCUGUGAUUUUUACUAUUAAAACGUUUAUAACGCC